UGAGUUGGUCGCAAUCAUUGUUUCUCUGCAGCAUUAACCACAUUCCAGAGAGGCGCAGCGCAUCCUGUCUUCAUCCUCGCAUUCCUUUUACGCAAACGAGUCCCCUGUGUAAAACGCUGUUUUAUUGAGAUUUCCGCACGCUUACUGGGCUCAGACUUACAUACAACGGAUAUUUAAGGCGUAUCCGAUUAUCCUGGCUACUUUGAUUUGAGGCAAAGGGAUCGUAAGCGAAACUAGAGGAAAAACCAACAAGGGGAAAUUCCUCCGCGCAGCGCGCCAUUGACUGUAAAGACCUUUCAACUUAACAAAAACUGAAGUUGACAAACGUAUCCCUGUCGGCUGAAAACUGUGAGAAAGAGUUUGUUUCUUCGGCGAAGGGGUCAAAGCACAGGAAGACGAUGCGGCACACGGUGGAGGUUUUUAGACUGCGUUGGAGGUUUAUUUCUUUGUAAAUGAGCGACGGCUGUACCGCGGCGUUUUGUUUUGAUUUCCAUGUGAAAUGCAAUUAGUGCUCCGCGGUGCUCGCUAGUCUGCGGAGCGGAGCACACUCUCAACUUGUUUCGCACAACAUGGAGCACUACCAGGAGGAUCUGGGACUCCGGGCCAGCAAACUGAUGGAGGAUCUUUCCCUGUACGAUGCGUAUAAAGACGGGAUGUAUGCGAGGAGAGACUUGGUGAUUAACCCUGAUUUAGACUUUUCUGCUCCGGCGGUAGCAGAGCAUAAAAGUAAGCCAAUGAAUGGCACCUCUGUGUUGCACCAGCAGCAUCACACCGUGGAGAAUUUCACGACUGGGAAUAAAGUGUACACGGCGGCUCCGGUGCGCCCGGUCAACUGCAGCCGGACCGUGCCGGUGGAUUUCUGUGCCCCGCAGAGAGACGCGGGUUACGCAGACGAGGGCUGCUGCACCAAAUCCGAAGUGGCUCUGCCGUGCUACACCGGGGCUUCAGAGAGGCACCGCAGGUACUCUCUGGAGGUGCAGGGCCACAGGUACAGCACCGGGUCCACCUUCGACGGCGUGCCUCUCAACAAACCGGCUGCAGUGCCCGGCAACAGGUGCAACAGCGUCUGCAUCACCGGCAGCCACGACGGGAGAUACAACCCCACGAGCCCCCGGUCCAGCCUAGCAUCGUCCCUGUCCUCCCAGGAGCAGAGCAAGCAUGCGAGCCCGAGGUCGAGCCUCAGCAGCCCGCGCACUAGUCUGGUGGUGCCGGGCCAGGACAGGUACACCAGCCCCAGGUCGAGUUUAGUGCACUGUGAGGGUGUGCAAAGCCCCAGAUCCAGCUAUGCAAGCACCGCCAGCGACACCAGCAAACACUCCAGCCCGCGGGCCAGCCUCAACAGCUGCGACUGCUGCAGCAAACCAAGCAGUAACAGAACCAGUGGCAUCAGCAUGGGCUACGACCAGAGGCACGCGAGCCCCCGGUCCAGCACGGCCAGCCAGUACUCCUUCACCACCAGCCCCCGGUCCAGCUACUCGGACUCACGGUACGGGCCCUCGGGCAACCAUGACCUGGAGGGGGCGAUUCUACACGGAGCCCCUCUGGCCAGCCCUCGGUCGAGCAUCUGCAGCCAGGAUGGGAGUGCCAGACCCGGGACUUCUGCAAACUGCGUGGUGAGCCCCCGGUCCAGCAUCUCCAGCCACAGCUCCAGGAGCUCCCGCAGCUCCAGGGGGUCUAUGAGCACCUACCCAGACCUGCAGCUGCCCUCCCCCCGGUCCUCCAUGCUGGGCAGCGGUCUGCACGAGGACACGCUGCUGCAGGAGUAUGGAGACUCCAACGGGAUCCAGAACCGGAUCCACCUGCAGGGGCUCUCUGCGGUGCCGGAGCCCCAGCAGCAGGCACCCCAGCAGGCAGGGACAGUGGAGAUGAUCGCGGGGUCUCCAUCAUCGUUUUGUUACGGAGUGGCAACAAAGACAGCUUCCAGCCAGAGGUUUAAGAUGCCCUACCAGGUGACCCCCAGCAGAGAGAGCGGACCCAGCCAGGCGGAGCGGAGGCUGGAGGCCCUCACCCUGGAGCUGGAGAAGGAGUUAGAGAUGCACAUGAAAAAGGAAUAUUUUGGCAUCUGUGUGAAAUGUGGGAAAGGAGUGUAUGGAGCCAGUCAGGCCUGCCAGGCGAUGGGGAACCUGUAUCACACAAACUGCUUCACCUGCUGCUCCUGUGGUCGGAGGCUUCGAGGGAAAGCUUUCUACAACGUCAACGGGAAGGUGUACUGUGAGGAAGAUUUCCUGUACUCUGGUUUCCAGCAGACGGCGGAUAAGUGUUUUGUGUGCGGUCACCUCAUCAUGGAGAUGAUCCUGCAGGCGCUGGGAAAGUCGUACCAUCCGGGUUGUUUCCGCUGUGUGGUUUGUAAAGAGGGUUUAGACGGAGUGCCUUUCACCGUGGACGUUGAGAACAACAUCUACUGUGUCAAAGACUACCACACGGUAUUUGCUCCCAAGUGUGCCUCCUGCAACCAGCCCAUCCUCCCAGCACAGGGCUCCGAGGAAACCAUUCGAGUCGUUUCUAUGGACAAGGACUACCAUGUGGAUUGUUACCACUGUGAGGACUGCGGUCUGCAGCUGAACGACGAGGAGGGGCACCGCUGCUACCCUCUUGAAACCCACCUGCUGUGCCACGGCUGCCACAUCCACCGGCUGCAGGCCCCUCCCCUGGCCCACCAGCCCCCCCCCAGCUACCCGCUGCACGUCACCGAGCUGUGAGGGGGGGAGGAAGGAGGAGGACUGAGACCCCAGGUGAUCCCAAACUGAGACCCCGUUCUGCCUCCCAGGUGAUCCGACACUACAGGAAACGGCAGAUCCAGGGACGCCUCAGUGUGUCCGCCUGAGCUUCUGUCCUCCUGUCACAUGACGGGCUGGGAAAAAAGGGUCUCCCCCCCCUCUAUGUUCCUCCCCCUUCCCCUUCCCCUUUGGGUGCCUAACCUUAAAACUCGCCGGCUCACCCAGAGACCCCCGGUGACCCCCCCCCGAAACAUUCAUCAAAAGGGAUUGGACGCAAAACGUGUCUCUCCCUUCCAAUGUUUUUUAUUCCGGGAGGCCACAUUCUCGUUCUGGAGGACAGGAAGGACCCCAGGGUGGGUUUGGGAUAGCUGUGCCUUCAGUGCAGGUCCCCCCCCCCCUCUCCCCCCAACACUGACAUGGAGUCCUGCUACUGGUUUAUGCAAAGGACAAAAAGCAGCGUCACGACACAGGGCCGCGAGAAAAAGUCUGAACGCCCCGAAACACCAGACGUAGCCCCAGAGGAACGACUGACAUUCCACGUAGACCUCGAGAGAUUCACAAGCAGUGUCUUAAUUAAUGAUUAUAUUAUGACGGCAAGAGAAACGUUUUAGAUGCACAUAGAAUGUCUUUUAUAUAUGAAUAUAUAUUUUGCAGAUGUUUUCCACAUAAGACCAUAGAUGUAGAUUCUCAUCUUUCUUUCUGUUGCUGAUUCAGAUCCAGAAGUCUGAGGAUUUGUGGGUCUCUUGUUUCAUUCCUCCUGCAGGAAACAACACCUCCUCAUGUCUGUCAGUGGGUUUACAGACUCAUUGGUUUUAGGAGCAGACGUGGCACAACAAUUAUUUGCCUUUUUAAUAAUUUGUAUUCCACUUUGAGUACCAAAUAUUUUGUUUCGGACUGCAUAUCCCCUCUCUUUAAUGACUGUAAACCGCUUUAACAAACUUCAAUUGAGACAUGUGUGCAUAUCCUAAGUGCCAGAUACUAAAAAGUGAAUUAAAACGGAUUAUUCUGACUAUUUAACUGGACAGAUGUUUAUCAAUCUGUACAUGUUGUAUUACAAUUGAUGCCAUUACUCAGUACGUUUUCUACAUAGAUUACCUGGUUAGCAUCUCCUUCACACAGACCCAAAUUAAACUGUUUUACUUAUUCUCACACACAAAAAGGGAAAAAUACAUUUACUUAUCAUUAGACUUUUUUUCAGAUUUGCUCAUUCUGACCUCCUCUCAAGGUCGGCCACUUUUUUGCCAAGAUAUCACACAGAGCUGUAAGAUUAAGAUUUAAGCUUAAUCUUAAAAUCUGAGAGCUUAGCUAGAAAUGGGUCUUUAAAUGCGGAGAUUUAGGGCCUGUGGUGGCGGAGCACUAAAACUUAUGAGACAAAUAGGCAACAUGUAUGUGCACCAAGAUCUCAACUUAGAAAUACUACAUAUUCUCUAUUUAUACUUUUAGAAUAUGCAGCAUUUUCCAAUCCUACUGUCAAAAGAUUCAGCUCUUUUGGUAAUAAUGCGGUCCAUGUAGUACUCAAAGAGGAAUGCAAAUACUUUAAUGAUUCUUUUGCAAAUCCCUUUUGCUCCAGGUGUGUUCAGGACACUGCCUCCUGGUUUGUUUUUCCAGACACUGUUUUUUUUGUCAUAUGAACACUGAGACGAGGAACCUCCACUUGUCCACAUGCCUUAAGACAGAACAGGUGUGUGUGCGUGUGCGUGUGUGUGUGUGUGUGUGUAUGUGUGUGUUUCGCUCUGGUUCACCUGCAGUCUGCUGUUGACUUUGUGAGAGGACUUCCCUUAAAAAAACGUGGAGCUGCUGGUU